UCAACUUAAUGAUGGAACCAAUUUAAAACUAUUUCUGACGAGUAAAUUUUUAAAAUGAACGUAAAUCACCUUGUCAAAAUUGUUUAGUAUAAUUAACUAAUAUUUUUGGUUUAAACAACAAAUUAUUAGUUAAGCAAGAUGGGGAAGUUUAAAAUGCCAACAGUUCAACAAUAUCUCAAGAAAAAGACAAUCUAUGGCAAGAAAAAAGACCCAAUAUGGGUAAUUUUGGAAAAGGAAAUGCUGGAUAGAGUAGCUCAAAACAAACCCUACAACGAAAGAGCAGGCAGAUGGCUGAGAUUUCUAAAGGAUUUAAGAUAUCAUUAUUUUUGUGAAGAAAGGAAAAAGACAAAACGUCUAAUGAAGGAAGCUGGUCCAGCUUGGUACAUCGAACUAUCAUCGUUUCAAAAAGAUGUUCUAGUACAUUUAAAGCAGAAUAUCCACCAAGACUUGUUAGAAGAUCUACCACGGCGGAUGCGUCAAGCAUUAUCAGAUUUGGGAAUAACACUCAAGAUUCCGAAAAAAACGUUAAUGGAUGCCAUGAGGUAUUCUGAGGAUCCUGGAGUUUUUAUAUGGACGCUUUAUAAAGCUAUUUAUAAAAGGUCGCCGAGUGAACUGCUCCCAAAAUACGAUAUGAAUGCCAUGAUUCUCAUGUCUUGUUUAGUUUUUAUUGAUUUGGAAGAAUGUACUGAAAAGCUGGAAAAUUUAACGCACUUUGAUAAACCGAAGGAAGUAGUUCCAAAGAAAAGAAAACGGAGAAACUCACAACCUAGUUGCAAAUAUGGCGAAUACCUUCAAAAGACUUACGUCCCAUUGUAUGUAACUCGUACUAAUUACGUUAAUAAAAGCAAACAGAGGAGUAAACCAUUGCCUCUUGGUUACAAAUUUAGACUACGAAGUGAUGAAAGCUAUGCGGAUUUAUGCAAUGACGACAGCUUUUUGGAAAAGCGCAAGGAACGAAAUAAAAAGGAGAAACAAAAAGAGAGAAUAUGUAAUUACAAAUUCUGGGAAGCCCCGAGUACCUUGCGCAAUACGGAUCCAAAGAUGGUCGCUUACGUAAAUAAACUACGAAUGUUGAAGAAGAAAGCCAGAGCUCGGUACAAAGAACCUUACAAAAAUGUGCAGUACCUAAUCAGCGGGGUCUCGUUUACUGGAGGAAGACCGCAUUACAUACUUGCCAAUGUUUCUUUGCUGCCAACUGGGUAUAUACCAAUCAACGGUGGCAUAGUAGUCACGCGGAACGGAGAGUCCGUCACUUGCAUAAUCGGCUUUUGGAAAUACCCUAGAGAUAUAGAGGACAAAUGCGACAUUACAUGCGACUGUAUGACUAAAUGGGAGGGUGUCGUAAUGGACUAUUUGAAGGAGUCAAAAUGUCGAUGCGGACAUUUGUAUGAUUUCUACCAUGAAUCUCAGAAAUCUACAGAAAAGUAUUUCUAUCCACCGACAAGACAUGGACCGUUUUGGGUUGAUGCAGCGAAAAUUUACCAAAUGGACCCAAUGGAAGACUUUAUCAGGGACACAUUCAGAGACGCGCUGAAAUCAAAGGAAGCAACCCCUACGGUAUCAGCGCCAACUAUAUCUGCAUCUGGGCUGAAGGAAAGCGAGCUACUCUCCGCAUUUAUGGCUGAUCUUACGGAUACUCCUCUUCUGACUCCACAUUUACCGGAAUCUAAUCUGCUGAACAGUCUUCAAGAAUGGGUCAGAAAGCGGGUUAAGGGUAAAAUAACUGGGAAGCAACAUAAACGAAUGCUACUAAAGUCCCAACGAAGGUGGCUUGACUUAAAGCAUUUGGACCACAGAGCUCGCGCAUUUAGAAUACCCUUCACUUUAAAGCAAUUGGAAAACAUGAAAUGGUCACAUCGAAAAUUAGUACAGAAAUUGUUUGAAAUAUUGUUAGAAGAUUUCGUGGACAGAAAUCGACGAAAACAAUGUGAACAAACUCGCCUUUGGUGGGCUACAAUGAAAUAUGACGCCUACCCAAGCAAAGCAUUCCUAGACAUCUUUUUCACAUACAUGCCGGGCCGUAUGAAGGAUACACAUUUGAUCAAUCCGUAUAGCUCUGACCUAACCCCGAAAUGUGGAGCGAAAACAUGUCCGUUGGACACGUAAUGGCAUAUACCCAUCUAAUUUCAUCAAUUUCGUUCCUGUUUUUGUUCAGUUCUGUUAAUAUUUGUCCACUUUAGUUUUAACUAAGUAUUCCAUGUUAAAUAUAAGUUUGUAAUUAUUGCUGAGUGACGUAAAUUUAAGUAGCGUAUUUUUUUUCAAUGGUUAUUUCAAAAAAGUAUUGUUUUUGUUGUUUAAUGUUUAAUGUUUAGUAUGACUACUAUUUGACUCUAUAUAAAUAAUACUUAAGUUUAUGACUUUAAGAUUGUAAAUGGUGUGGAUAAAAACUGAAUAAAUCUGUAUUAAAAUA